AUGUUUUCAGAUUCCGCAUCGUCAUCACCUUUGAAAAAGGAAAAGUUCUCGUCACAUUCCAAAGGGCUGCAGGACAUUGCGAAGGGCUCUCGUGAUGUAAAGAAGAAAAAAUCCAAAAAAGAAUUAAUGUCUUCCAAUCUGGCUACCUGCAUGUCAGUGCCGAAUCUUACUUGUAUGGAGAGUGAGGAGGAAUCGAUACCGUCUUCCAAUCUGCGGAUCCUCUGUGAUUUGUCCCUUUCGCAAAGUGUCCCAGAAGUCAAUAAAAUGGACGACCAGACAUCACUGAGCAGUAGAACGACAUCAAGUGACCCCCAUUCUGCUCCUGCACACAACUCGGAUGAUAUCUUGGACAGGGAGCCAAAGAUGGAGAUAUCCAACCAACACUAUAACAAUAUGUCUAAACGUAGGGUCACCAUAGCUUCGACUGGAGACGGGCUUAGCAUGAGCGAAACAGGGAACAAAUCUGUAAAAGACUCUGAGCUAAUGCCACCCCCAUUGUCCACCACUGUUGGAUCAUUGAAGAAGGACAGUGGAAAACGUUUAGUUCGGGGACGCCGUCCCCAGACGGAACUGACUUUGGAUCAGGCCAAAAACAUCCUUUUAGGAAACUCUGGAUUGCUUGGCAAGAGUUCUUAUAAGAUUACCGAGCGUAGAAAGGAUUCGCUCAGCUCAAUGGACACGACAGACAGUGAGGCGGACACAAGAAAAAGUUGUGGCUCUUCUUCAGUGGGGAGUGCACCCAGACAUUUGAAUAACUAUGAUGCGAUGGAAAGGCGUAGUUCAACUGGCAAAAUUACCACUGACCUCCCUGAGAGGCCCCAGAGCCCAGCUAUCACUGUGAAAACAAUAGCUGCUGGUUUGCGUAACAGGGAAAUAAAGCAAAAAUCUUUUCUUGGAGACCUUGCUCCAAGUCCAAAUGACCCACCUGAAAGGGACAGCCCUUCCAAAUACACCUCCCAUGCUUUCAAUUCAUCUUAUCAUAUGAAUGUGGGACCAAGCACUUUAGGAUCAAAAUCAACUGUUACAUACUCUUUGAACUCUCGGUCGAAUAUUCAAACUGAACCAAGGUGGACCAAAGUGCCCUGUUCUCGGACGUCUAGUGGAUCUGGAUCUUCUUCAAAUUCCUGGGAUGGCAAUACUGAGUCCGGUCCUAAGUUGUUGCCUAGUGUAAAGAGUAAGGUGGCUUUGUUUGAUAGUCCAGCUGCCCUGAAAAGCUGCAGACGGUCACUCGAUAAACGCAAUUGUGUUAUGACCAGUUCUGUGGACAGUUCUCACACCACGGCUGGUUCAGACACUGAUACGGAAAUGGAAAUUAAGCGUCCCGAUAAAUCACGGUCUCAUUCUCCAGCUUCGCUCAUCACCACAAAUCACAGCAUAACCAACAGUGUUGCUCUCACUACUCCCACGGCAAGUCCAUUGGAUUCUCUCCCCGUAUCUCCCAAAGCAGACAGCAGUCAGUUGUCUUUACCUAUUAAGCCUGCUGCACAUUCUUCUCAGGAUAUUCCUUCAAAAGCUGAAAAAUUGGAAGCUUGUAAAAGUGUGAUACAAGACUUGAAGUUGGAUGUUGAGAAAUUAACUGCUUUGUAUGAUAAGGUGUCUGAUCCCGAGCAACAGUCGCAGGAAAUCCUUUCCCUACUAGGCCAAGUGAUCCAGGAUACACAACAAAAGGUGGAAGGACUUGAUCCAAACAUAUCCACUGAUCCACUCCCAGAUCGAUUGUCUUCCAUGUCUACCAGAGACAUUAGUACCUCACCUAUUCUUUUUCCUGACUUGACCACGGAGACGGCCGCCCCGUCUUCAUCCAGUGUUGCUACUGCUACUGCUGUCAUUUCCACAGACGACAAAGGAGUCAACACCUCCAUGUCCGAGUCUGAAGAGUCUCCGGAAAAUGACCCGAAUCAACUGGUAGAGACGAUGGUCCGACUUGUUGAGCGGAAGCUGUCCAGCAAUUUGUCCGAUGAAGUGCGAGGGAUGUUGUCCACGUUCUUCAUGUCUUUCCUGCAAAUUGUGAUUUACAAGACCAUAAAAUGA